CUCUUUUGCACGCACGCGAAAGUUGCCGCUGUCUUUAUCGUACGGGUUCAUUACCUUUUCUAUCGUCUCCCACCCGCGCCAUCCUCUUACUGUGUUACUGCUUACCACCCAAAAAAAUCACUUUUGGCUGUAUUGUAUUGUUUGCAUUAAAACAAACGGCGUCGAGGUCGUCUGCCUUGUGAUACAUACAAUUGGUGCUUUGUGAAAUACUCAAAAUCAGGUUGCAGGCUCUAAGUGAAGAUCGCAGCGCAGCAUCGCAGACAUGGAGUCGGAUACGACGGAAAAAGAAAGUACGGCUACGGAACCAGUGGAGCUAGCGUCGCCAGUGCAAAGUGAAAGUGCGGCGGGUGAUGCGACGCCGCCGCCAAGCAAGCGCCAGAAAUUAGAUGAGGGCACAGCCGACGCGGAGGAAGAAGAGGCGCCACAGCUAGUGGCUGUGGAGCGCGUACAGAGCACACAGAGCAGCUUGCGCAAGUUUGGCCGCAUACCCGUGUUCAUUGUAGACUAUCACAACGAUGUAUUGGAAUUUAUUUAUCGCUGUCUGGCCACGCGACAUUUGCCACUGGAGAAGAAUAUUCUGGUGCACUUUGAUUCGCAUCCCGAUUUGGUGGUGGCACGCGAUAUACCCGCCAGUGCAAGCUAUGAUAAGGACACCAUGCUGACAGAGCUGAGCAUCGAGAACUGGAUUAUGCCCACACUCUAUGCAGGUCACUUUGAUCGCGUGGUUUGGCUGAAGAACUCGUGGUGCCAGCAAAUACCCACAGGCAAGCACGAGUUCAAAAUUGGACACAAGGAUGAUCGCAUUGGCGUAGACUGUCCGCUGGACUAUUUCAUAGCCGAGGGCAAUUAUUGCACCGGCGAUGAGCUGCAGGAAUCUCGCACAGUGCAGCUGCAAGUACACGAUGCCGACAACGACAAGCUGAAUCCGCUGGACUUUCUCAGCACAGAGGAUGCCACAAGCUUUGUGCUUGACAUAGACUUGGAUUUCUUUAGCACAUCGAAUCCGUUUUUGGAAAUCUACAAGGAUGCCAACUGCUAUGCGCAGCUCACAGAAAUCUUUCACUUUGAGAGCGUGGAGCCGGCUAAGCAGGCGGGCACAGCUACCACAGCGCAUUAUUGUGCUACGGCGGCCAUACGACAGAAGCAGCUGGAUGCACUAAAGCGCAUCUUUUGGCAUCUGGAGGAGCAUCGCAGCUUCGAUGGGCUUGAAAAGCCCGACGAGGCAGUCAUAACAGCAGAGAUCUAUGCAAAAAUUGUUAGCUUAGCCGAGCAGCUGCAGGAGAAGUAUCCAGACGAUGAAAUCGACUGGAUGCUCAUCUUUGACUCGGGCAGCACCACAGACAACAAUGGUUUACCUCAUCACAUAAGCAGUACCAAGGAGCUGGAGGACUACUUUGUCAGCUUUAAGCGAUUUCUGCAGCAACUGCCAGUGCCACCUGUAGCCAUUACCAUGGCGCAUUCGGCGCAGGACGACUAUUGUCCACAGGACCAGGUGGCGUUCAUUGAGGAGCAGGUGCUACGACUGCUGCGCGAAGUUUUUGGCGACAAGCUGCACGAGAAGCCCAUACUCCAUUACAUGGACGACCCCUACGAUGUGAUGAAGCUCUAAUAUACAUAUACAUAUAAUACUUAUAAGCUGGAUUCCUAAGCAAACUCGGACUGAAUACAGUUGCAAGCUGAUUCUAGAAUUUCAUAGUGAUUCACCCACACCACUGCGUAGACUCCAAGCUAAUUUUAAAUCAACUCAUAUUGAUAUAAAUUAUUAUACUAUAUACAUACUUUACCAUACAGAUAUGCUGCCGAGUUCCCCUAAGCGUGAUUAUAAAUUUAACGCAA